UGUAGUUGCGAUGUAGUUCUUAUCAAAGCCCUCCUGUCUUGUUGUGACAGCUCUGAUAUUGUUUAUUGAGGUGGAUGUCAGCUUUAAUUAGCAAUCGAUACGGGGAGCGUUUGCAGAGCGCGCCUCUGACGUCAGCGUCCAUUACCGCUUCUCAUUGGGUCUCAUAUUCCCAGAGCCUGGGCUAAUUAUUGGGAGGUUCAUGUGGAUAAAGUACAGCUCAUCCCUCCCUUCACAUCAUGUCCCCUACUCGUUGGCCACACUCACUGCAUGCUUUUUAAAUUCCCAUCACCGGCCUCCAGACGUCGUUUCCUUUUGCCUGCGGGAUGAUGGACAGCAGGAUACUGGAUGCUCCUCACGCCCAGUUCGGAGGCUCUCUCGGUGGGAUGGUGGGCUUCCCGUACCAUCUGAGCCACCAUCACGUUUACGAAUUAGCCGGGCAUCAACUUCAAUCUGCGUCCGCGGUUCCCUUCUCUAUAGACGGAUUACUUAAUGGCACCUGCACGGCUUCAGUGGGCAAUUCCAACCACCUCUUGUCUUCGGGCUGCGGGAUGAAUGGAGAUAAUCAGCAGUACAAACUGUCAGACUCGGGGGACCCAGACAAAGAUAGCCCUGGUUGCAAGAGACGGAGAACUCGCACAAAUUUCACUGGUUGGCAGCUGGAGGAAUUAGAAAAGGCUUUUAAUGAGAGCCACUAUCCCGACGUGUUCAUGAGAGAAGCACUGGCUCUUCGACUGGACUUGAUAGAAUCAAGGGUUCAGGUAUGGUUUCAGAACCGCAGAGCCAAAUGGAGGAAAAAGGAGAACACUAAGAAGGGUCCGGGUCGACCUGCGCACAACGCCCACCCCACCACCUGCAGCGGGGAGCCCAUGGACCCCGAGGAGAUCCGCCGCAGAGAGGUGGACCGCAUGGAGAAGAAGAAGCGAAAGCAGGAGCGCCGGCUGCUCAAGUCCCAGAACAGGCUCGCUGCUGGGGAUUUAUUUCACACCCCGGGAUCAGACAGCGACAGCGGGGUGUCGCAUGUGACCGACAGCGACCACACGGGCCCGCCUUAUGACUCCAUGGAUGGAAACCAAGCAAGCUGCGACCAAACACCUCACUCUCUCCACACCCAGAACCAAAGACUUUUGGACCGGGAUGCUCGCGGAUCCGAGCCGGACUCGCCCGACGCCAGCAGCCAUCGGUCAAUGUGCGCCAACAGCAGCGCGUCCAGCGCGCAGAAACUGAAUCCUUUCAGCGUGGAGAGCCUCCUCUCGGACUCCAGGCCGAGGCGCAGCCCCGCGGCCUUACCCCCCUCACGGCCUUUGAUAGGGAAAGGACACUUCCUGCUCUAUCCCAUCACACAGCCGCUUGGAUUCAUUGUUCCUCAAACUGCUCUGAAGACGUUGAACUCUGACAGCCACACGGAGAGGAACCUGAGCCGCUGCAGCGUGACGUCUGCGGGCUCUGCGGGAUGUAGGAGCAGCUCGCCGGCCUCUGCAGACCCGGCACAGAAGGGACAGGUGUGCUCGGAGGAAAAGACACGAUCACCGCAUACCAGCCCAACCAGGGCCGCCUUUCCCACUGGCAAAAGUACUCAGACCUCUGUUAUUUGCAGCGAUUCGACUUUCGCCCACGAACACAGUCCAAUUACGCCUGUCGAUGCAGACAGAAAAGAGCUUUUAGAGAUCAAGGACCACCCUGACCCCCCUGAGUGUGUCCUCAGUGACAGUCCAGUAGAAACAAAGACAAACUCUAAAGAAGAUGUCGACAUGGAAUAAAUGAGUGGGGUAAAAAAAAAGAAAUCAUACUGAUAUAGCCUCCAAACGACAUCUUUCAUUAGGCCAAAGCUUAACUACAUCUUUGCAUCUAAUAGGUUCCCCCCCUCUUUGCUGAUAUUUUGGCAAUGGUGUGCUCUCUUUCUCUCCCUGCGAGUGUGUAUGUGUGUGUGAGUCAGGAGUCUCUAGAUAAUGUGUGAUAACUUGUCAAAAGA